UACUGAUUGCUGAGUGGUCAGUGGCCGGAGAACAAGACGAAACGAAAUCUGAAGAAUAUUCUGGGCAUUUCUACUUAGGUGUGAAGAAAUAGUUAACAAAUAUAUCUUUGCCGAUUCAUUCGUUUGAUAUAAUACAAAAAUAAGCCUUAAAAAUGGUGGACUACAGCAAGUGGAAAGACAUCGAGCUCUCUGACGAUGAAGAUGAGACCCAUCCUAACAUCGACACACCAUCCUUAUUCCGAUGGAGGCAUCAAGCGCGCAUCGAGCGCAUGGAAGAGCGGCGUCGAGAAAAGCAAGAACACGACCAAAGAAAAGCUGAAAACAUCAGAAGAUUGGGGGAAGUGAAGAGAAAGUUGGCCGACAGUCCAGAUGGUCCUGACUUGGAAAGUUUAAAAAAGGAACUAGCUCAGCUGGAGAAAGAAGAAAGAGAAAUCAAGAGAAAAGAAGAUGACUUGAAAAAGAAAGAGCGACUAACGCCAUGGAAUGUUGAUACUAUCAGUGAACCAGGUUUCACUAAGACUGUAAUAAACACUAAACAACUAAGAUCUAAAGAUGAAAACUUAACUGAAGAAGAAAAGGAAGCCAAGAUGAAGAAGUUUAUCAAGGAAAAUGAGAAGCUUCUCAAGCAGUAUGGAAUGCUGAGAAGAUAUGAUGACUCAAAGAAGUUCCUGAUGGAGCAUAACCAACUAGUUUGUGAGGAAACUGCCAACUAUUUGGUUAUUUGGUGUAUUAACCUGGAAAUGGAGGAGAAACACGACCUGAUGGCCCAUGUAUCCCACCAAGUUAUCUGCAUGCAGUACAUCCUGGAGCUGUCAAAGCAACUCGAUGUGGAUCCCCGGGCUUGUGUUGGGUCUUUCUUUGCAAGAAUCCAAGAAGCAGAAAAAACUUACAAAGAUGCCUUUGAUGAUGAAUUAGAACAGUUCAAGAAUAGGAUUAGAAAGCGAGCUGCAGAGAAGAUCCAGGAAGCCAUCCGGGAACAGGAAGAGGAGGAAAGGAAGGCCAGGUUGGGGCCCGGCGGGCUGGACCCACUUGAGGUUCUGGAAGAAUUGCCCCAGGAACUGAAAGAUUGUUUCGAAAAGCGCGACAUCCCGCUGCUGCAAGCGACAAUAGCAAAAAUGCCAGAGCAAGAAGCAAUCUACCAUAUGAAGAGAUGCAUAGACUCCGGACUCUGGGUGCCCGGCAAGAAUGAUGAUGAUGAGGAUACCACUGAGGGGGGAAGCAUGCCUAACACUUCCGCAGCAGAAACUGCUGAACCUUCUGUUAGCACAGAUGACAUAGACUGAAAUUCCUAUGUAUUUAUCAUUUAUUUCGUUUUGGUGGUCUUUUUUACGUCUCUGUUUUAGGGAUGUUUCGGAUCUUCGACUCAAGAUGCUCUUCCGUAAAUUCAAUCCGGGAAGUCGAUAGUCCGCAACAUUUCUAGUUAAUUUAACGUAAUUAGAAAAUUAUGAUACAAAAUUGCGAUGUUUAGGUUAUUUUAUAUUAGGAGUAAUACUAACAGAUCAAAUCAAUGACAAGAUUAACGGAAUAGAUUGUGAUGGUCUCAAAAUUAAGUACUACAUCUACAGCCUACCUACCUAAUUGGUUCAUACCUUUUAACCUAAUUGGUUCAUACCUUUUACACUUUUCAUACUAAUUCGUUUUGUCUAAGGAACGUCCGGACCACAGGCGGCUUUAUCGUCAAUCUCAAAGCAGUUUGUCAAAUGUAUGAAUUUUUAAAACAUUGUACUUAUAGAAGAAAUUCUAAAACCUUUAGUUCUAGAAUUUAUCUCAUAAUAUCACAAAGGUCUGGACUAAAUAACACGUUGAGUCGGAAUUAUUAAGGGCACCCCUAGUGAUACAUUGCUUUUCCUUAGUUAAAAAAUUCGUAUUUUCACACAAUUCAGAAUAUGCGUAAGAGCGAUAUGUGCAACAUGAUUGAUGUCAGUACCAUGGAAUUAGUAGGUACUCGUACUUACUAAAUCCACGGUCAGUACCUACUCAACUUUUACGUACUUGUUAGAUAAUCAGCCUAAUAACCCACCCAGUAGCGUUAUUGAUCAUUUGCUUUUGUCAUUUUUAUAGUUUUCUCAAAAAAUGCAUUUUUUUCCAGUGCAUUCCCUUUUUCAUUUAUUGAAUGAAAUCUUGCGUAUGUACAAAUACUACAAAAUUCUUGCUAUUAAGAUUUUAACUAUAAUAAAUAAUUAUUAUGAAA